AAAUACAUGGGGAAAAGACCAGUGAAAACCGAAAUAAAAAGAGUAAGCAAGCCUUAUCCCUCCUCGAAACAGCAUGCAGUAACCAAAAUAGUGGAUCGAGAAGAACAAUAUCAUCUCUCGGAGGAACAAGAGCCAGUGAGAGAUACCACACCGGAAGCUCCAUUGGUGCUGCAAGUGAAAAACAAAAAUGAAUGGAGACACAGCAAAGUAAUCUUACUUACCGGAGCUGUUAAAAUCAUCGGCGACCAAGGACGAUCCAAAGAGGUAGUCGUGCUCUUGGACACCGGCUCAGAGCUAUCCUUCAUAGAAGAAGGGCUCGCCGAAGAGCUCGACUUGCCGAUUAUUGGCACAACAACCUUGGAACUCAGCACAUUUGGAUCACCGUCUCAUAAGAUGAAAUCAUGUGCUGUGACCAGCCUGAUAUUAAUGGAUCGAAGUGGCAACGAGCAUAAAGUACAGCUCUACAGAAAUGACUACAUAACCAGCGCUGUACACAGAGCAAACCUGAACAAAAAUGAUUUGAAGUUCAUCAAAAAGGGAAAUUUCGACUUAUCUUUGCCAUUAGAGGAAGGAGAACUUCGACCACAGAUCCUACUUGGCUGCGACUAUCUCUGGAACUUCAUAGAACCAGGCAAAAAAUUAAACUUGCCAUCCGGAUUGCAGCUGAUACCCACAAAAUUAGGGUACAUCAUCAGUGGGCGACAGGCAUGUAGCAAUCAAAAAUCUCCUCCAAUCGGUAAACCAACAAUAACUUGCACGUUGUAUGGUGGUGAAACCGAGAAAGAGACGUGGGAUCGCUAUUGGUCCUUAGAAUCGACAGGCACAGAAGAAUACACAGGCACGCAACAAAUGGAGCUACAACAAGUGAACGAUGAAGUAUUAAGAAGAUUCAAGGAAUCCAUCGAAAAGAGGGAGGACGGAUACUACGUACGCUUACCUUGGAAAGACGCUCAUCCAGAUCUCCCCGAUAAUAAGGCACUAGCUCUGAAAAGAUUGAAAAAAGUUCUGGAGAUAUAUCAGAAAAAUGAUGAAAUCCUUCAGGCAUAUGAUAACACCUUCAAAGAUCAACUAGAAAAGGGUGUUAUCGAAGAAGUACCACCAGAAGAGCCUAAUGAAGGACAAAUAAUACAUUACUUACCGCACCAAGCGGUCAUUACGCCAUUGAAGGAAACAACGAAAAUAAGGAUAGUCUUCGAUGCUUCAGCACACUACAGAAACUGUCCUUGCUUGAAUGAUGUUCUGCACCAAGGUCCCCUAAUCCUACCCAAUUUAACAGGGGUAAUACUUCGAUUCCGAUUUCACAAGAUCGCAGUGAUGUCCGAUAUUGAAAAGGCAUUCCUUCAAGUAAGAUUACAAGAAAAGGACCGUGACGCUACGCGCUGCAUAUGGGUGCGAAACAUUGCACAACCACCCACGGAGGAAAACCUGGUAAUUUACAGAUUCACCAGAGUUACCUUUGGCCUUAAUGCGUCACCAUUCCUGCUGAGCGCUACGAUAGACUACCACCUUGAGAACACAGCCAGCAAGGAUGACAUGACAGAAGAAAUACGGAAUAAUCUAUAUGUAGACAACCUCUUCUUCGGUGCACAGUCGUCAGACGAAGCGCUUACCAAAUAUGUCCACACGAAAAAUCUCUUUCGCGAACUCAAUAUGAAUCUUAGGGAGUACCGCUCUAACGAUGAACACUUCAAUGAAGCCAUCGAAGAAGGCGAUAGGAUGCAAUCCACCUGCCCUAAGGUCCUAGGCAUUCCAUGGAACUCGGAGAUCGACAAAUUUGUCAUCAAAGGAUCCAUGGGGGUCUCAAAAGAAAGGGUUACCAAACGCACAGUCACGCAGCAACUAGCGUCGGUAUAUGACCCAUUGGGAUUACUAGUACCUUUAUUACUUCCGGCAAAAAUCUUCCUGCAGUCGCUGUGGAAGGAGGAGUUGGAUUGGGAUACUGUCCUCCACCCAUCACUGCAGGAUCAAUGGCGACAGAUAUCCACCGAGAUAUCGACAUUUUACAAAGAGGUACACCGACAAAUUCUUACAACGGAUAAGAAGACACGACUGGUCGUAUUCACAGACGCUAGCCAAUACGCGAUAGCAGCAUGUGCGUACCUCACUACAGAGAAUGAAUCCAAUCUCGUUAUGGGAAAAUCAAAACUCCCAUCAAUAAAAACAUCGAUGACUAUACCAAAGUUAGAAAUGAAUGCAGCAACGCUCGGCGUACGAAUGUCCUAUUUCAUCUGCACAGAACUACAAUCUGUCUGCAAGAUAGGAGAGGUCAUAUACUACACAGACUCAGACGUCGUACUGGGAUGGAUAAAAUCCCCUCCAACAAGGCACAGCGUAGGAGUCCUAGUCACGAAUCGACUGAUGGAAAUAAGACGCAUAAUCAGAAAUCUUGAGGACAGAAAUAUAAAAUGUUUCUUCGGGCACGUCAAGACAGCGGAAAACCCUGCUGAUUGUGGAUCCAGGGGACUAACAGCAGAAGCACUGAGUGACCACGCAUGGUGGAAAGGACCAAACUUCAUAAAGGAAGUGGACUACACUACACUCAGUACAAUAAAGGAAGAUGAAGAAACAAUACCAACAACAGUGGACUCAAUCGCGCACAUGUACACAGAACAAUCUAAUGACCAAAUAAUCGACUUGACAAGAUAUAGCUCUCUUGAGAAGGCACAGAGAGUUUUGGUCUAUGCAUUGCGCUUCAUAAGGAAAUCCUCGAACCACUUCACCGAAGAAAGGAAAAUAAGAAUUCAAAGGACUAUACCAGCAUUAAAAGCGAUUUCAAGGUCGCAAAAUAUCACAGGAGAGGAAAUGCACGAAAGUAGAAUGUGCAUAAUUCGAGAUCAUCAGAAACACUACGUGAACGAACACAUGAUAAAGUCACAAAAGGAACUAAACAUCCGUGAAGAUGAGCAAGGA